CUCCUCCAGCCCCGCACACCGCCACUAUCCCACAGUGCCCCGCGCGCCGCCAUCCCCUCACGCCGCCGCUCUCCCGGCGGGCCCCGAGCAGCCAUGGCGUACCGCGGGCAGGGCCAGAAGGUGCAGAAGGUGAUGGUGCAGCCCAUCAACCUGAUCUUCCGCUACCUGCAGAACAGAUCCAGGAUCCAGGUGUGGCUCUACGAGCAGGUGAACAUGAGGAUAGAAGGCUGCAUCAUUGGCUUUGAUGAGUACAUGAACCUGGUGCUGGAUGAUGCCGAGGAAAUUCACUCCAAAACCAAAUCCAGGAAGCAGCUGGGUCGGAUCAUGCUGAAGGGGGACAACAUCACCCUCCUGCAGAGCGUCUCCAGUUAGGAUUUGGCUGCUGCCAGCUUGGAAAAGCGGGAUUGGGAUGGGCUGGGAGCUCUGGGAAAGCGGGAUUGUGCCACAGGUGAAAAUUCCCGCCUUCCCUUGGGAAUUGUUUUUUGUAGUUCGAGGCUUUCUUUGGGAAAUAAAACGUUUUUCACAAAA